AUGGCUGCCACCAAUGCAAACACCGCCUGCAAGGCAGCCAUCCUCAGCCUGCCCUUGGACCCGCCUCCCACCAUCCAGGCAAUGAUAGAGGUUUGCCAGACGAAGGUUCCGGUCAUCGCUCGGCAGGACACUGACACCAAGCCAUCGCCCCGCCGGGUGUCCUUCGCCGAACCAAGGAACUUCUUUGAAGCAAUGCCCGCACAGCCACAACGGACUCCUACCCUGCCAAGGCCGCCGCCGCGUGGACAGUGCCACCUCUGUGGCAACACCGAACACUGGAUGCCGGACUGCCCACUCCGAACUGAGUUUUAUGAGUUCAGGAGGAAGCAGACGGCAUCCCAGGAGGGUUUUAAGAAAGAUCAAAAAAACUAAGGCAGAAGCGCAGCCCCUCCCUGCGUGAGGACAAAAAUGGGGCGGGUGACUCAACAUCUAAGAAAGGGGAUUUGGGGAGGGGAUCCCAAUUUACCCACCCAACUCUUCAACACAAUUUACCGGACUUGACUUCUUGCAAAACACCGAUUCUUACAUCUCUAACCACCUCCUCUUUGGUUUCGCCCUACAGGUUGCAGUUAGUCGAGUCAGUUAAGAUCAUGGACUCCCAGUGCCAUCUUGCGAUGGUCGCACCUCAGGCACCAGGUACCUGGAACCGGAUCAAGAUUGGACCCUUCUUCAUCAUGAUUUCGCUCCUGUUGAUGAUCCACCCAGCCGACCCCUGGAUCGUUCCCCAACCAAAGGCGAAUGUCUGGCGAACCUUGGCUCAAGCGAUGGGGCAAGACCACCUGUGCCUAUCAACAGCUUCUGCAGCAGACCCCCUCUCGACUUGUCUUGUGGGAAUUCCAUUUGGGUUGGAUGAUUUUCCCCCUCCCUUACUCCCCCACCUAAAGCACCUGUUUCCGGAGUUCGACCCUGUUGGUUCCAUCAAUCCCAGUUACUGGUGGGAAAAAAUCAUGAAACUUCUUAAUUAUACCACUGAUGAGCCCACGGAAUUCGAGCUGCUCGGCUCCGCACGCGCCUCCCUCUGCCUCCAUUUCCUCCCUCACCAAGGUGCGAUCCCAGACCGGGUAGUACACUUUAAGAAUGAGAGAUAUCAAACAAAGAACUGGUGCAAUUUCACCACCACCGUUUAUGUUCCCAAUACCUUUUAUUUGAAACCUGCACUCCUCCCUAAAGGCGCAUUCCUAAUUUGCGGUAACCGAGCGUGGGCUGGAAUUCCCCCUCGCCUGUCCGGAGGGCCCUGCACUUUUGGGCGGUUGACGCUGCUUACCCCCAACUAUACUCAAAUUCUCAAUUGGAAAAGGAAAAAUGUCACACAGGAUUUGGCCAGAGUUAAGAGAGACACCCACAAAAUUGACCCAGAAUGUGACACCGAAAUUGUUCAUUGGUCUAGACCCAGAAAUAUUGCGGUUUCGGUAUUUUUGCCGUGGGUGGCCGCAGCUAAAGCACUAGGGGAAUUGGGCAACCUCGAGUGCUGGGUGGUGAAGCAAGCGAAUUUGACCUCAACUGCCCUAGCGGACCUCCUAGCUGACGAGGAAACAACAAGGAAAGCGACCCUCCAAAAUAGGGCGGCAAUCGAUUUCCUUUUGUUACUUCACAACCAUCACUGUGAGGAGUUCGAGGGGCUCUGCUGCAUGAACCUGUCGUCACGAGCCGAGGACGCCAGACACACCAUCCGCCAGAUGUCCGAGGACGUCGACAACAUCCGACAACAGACCUCGGACUGGUUGGGGGACUGGCUAUCCAAAAUGGGAGUGACAGGCUGGGUGGGCUCCAUCAUUCGUGCCAUUUUAAUUAUUAUCUUCGUUUUGCUCUGUUUAAUUUUCGGUUUCUGCAUAAUCUAUAAGUUACUGACCAGAAUUUUGUUUGCCUCAACCCCCCAAAUCAACCAUGUUGAGGCUCCUGCUGACCCUGCUCCCAUCCCUGAAGAACCUUCCUGUGAAAAGACGCAUUGGGAGCAAGCCCCUCAAUCCUCCCUAUGGUUUUCAGUUACUACACCAGUUUAAGGACAAUUUCAGUUUUAUUUUUAUUUUAAACAAAGAAGAGGGAGAUGUUGUGGUGCAGGGUUCAUUUGGUUUCUUCCGUUUCCCCCUAAAGUUAUAAUGGUUCGGUCCUAGGGUUCCCCCCCCCCCACCUCCCCGGGCAACCCCUCCUUUUGAGAGUAUCAGUUUUUUGUCUCCACCCCUGUUCCCCUGGUUACCCUCUGUCAAUCCCUCCCUGAGUUCCUGUCCAUCAGCCACUGUCUCCUUCCCUAUUUCCAGAAAGUUCUCCCCUCCUCGGUGGGUGACUGGAUCGGGAACAAGGGUCCCUCCCUGUCGCAUUCCCUAUUGGCGAGCUGGCAUGUUUGUCACGAGUUUGUUCCGUCCCAAGUUCUCUCUCAUUGGUUGAAAUGUUCUAUGUUCCGUCCCUUUAUAAUCGGCUGUACCCCUGCCUCGUGGUCCCGACUCGGCUGGCGUUCCCUGGAGACAUUAAAGCACUCUGGACUUUG